AUGGGCGACAGACCUUUGCCUUCGUCUUUUGACUCUGACCCCGAGUUCUUUGAGGAGAAUCCCUGGACCAAGCUUCGACGGCGAUUAGUGGAAGAGCCUCUAAUUCCACUAGGAUGUGCUGCUACAAGUUACGCGCUUUGGCGAGCGUACCGGUCUAUGAAGGCCGGUGAUUCUGAACAGCUCAAUCGUAUGUUCCGCUAUCGUAUCUACGCACAGGCAUUUACCCUUGUUGCUGUUGUUGCUGGAGGUAUUUACUACAAGGCGGAGCGGGCGCAAAGGAAGGAACUGGAGCGGGCAAUGGAAGAGAAGAAGAACCAGGCCAAACGCGAUGCGUGGCUGAGAGAGCUUGAAAUCCGAGACCAGGAAGAUAGAGAUUGGAGAGAACGGCAUGCAGCUGUCGGAAAGGCAGCCAAGGAUGCUGGUAAGAAGUCUAAAGACGUCAACUUAGACGGACCGAAGGGAUUUGGGGCGGACUCGAACGAAGAACCAAGGCCAUCCGCUGGUGUGCUUGAUGCUGUCAAAAAUCUAGUAAAGAGAGAGAAAUGA